CUACUUCCAAGUGUGCCACUGUUAGUGUAUUCCAUAACCAUGUCUGGAGUAAAGGGAGGACAACAGAAACACAUUCAAGCCAAAGAACAGGAUCAUUGUUCACAGCAACAUAGCCAUGUGGGUCAUGAUGAUGGAGCCAAACAUCAAGCUAGUCACGGAGGUCAUGAUGAUGGAGCUAAAUAUCAGGGUAGCCACGGAGGUCAUGAUGAUGGAGCCAAACAUCAAGCCAGUCAUGGAGGCCAUGGUGAUGGAGCCAAACAUCAAGCUAGUCAUGGAGGCCAUGAUGAUGGAGCCAAACAUCAGGCUAGUCAUGGAGGCCAUGAUGAUGGAGCCAAACAUCAGGCUAGUCAUGGAGGCCAUGAUGAUGGAGCCAAACAUCAAGCAGGUCAUGGAGACCAUGAUGAUGGAGCCAAACAUCAAGUUGGUCAUGGAGGACAUGAUGAUGGCUCAAAAGCUCAUGGAGGCCACCGGGGUCAAGAUCAUGGAAAAUGAAAUAAUAUUUAUAGCAACCAUACAAAUGUAGAAAUGUAGCAGUAAAACAAUUGUAGAACAAGAAAAAAGUAGGUCAUAUUUGUAUUUACAUUUAAAUUAAUUGUAAAACUAAAAAUCUGUUUCUUAACACUG